AUGCAAGUUUCUCUUGGAGCACAAGAAAUAUUCAAGCUUCUUCCUCAUACAUUUGUGGAUUCAAGUAAACUUCCAAAACUAUUUGACAAGGGCGUGGAUCUUUGUCAACCUAAACGGGCUUUCCAAGUUUAUGGCUGUAUUGUGACUAGUGAAGACAUGGUUGAACACAAUGAUCCCAAUGAAGUUUUUGAUAAAGUUAAUUACUAUGCACAUCCUGAGCGCUACAGACCAAUUUUUCAUGAGAAGGUUGCUCCAUAUGCAUCUGUUAUAGUUAAUUGCAUGUAUUGGGAGAAAAGAUACCCUCGCUUAUUGACCACCAAGCAACUACAAGAUUUAACACGUAAAGGCUGCCCACUUGUUGGGAUUUGUGAUAUCACUUGUGAUAUAGGAGGAUCCAUAGAAUUUGUAAACAAAUCCACAUCAAUCGAUUCACCUCUUUUCAGAUAUGAUCCAUCUGGUGACUCGUAUCAUGAUGACAUGGAGGGCGAUGGUGUAAUUUGUUUAGCUGUUGACAUUCUCCCAACUGAGUUUGCCAAAGAGGCUUCACAACAUUUUGGUGAUGUACUUUCCUAUUUUAUUGGGAGUUUAGCUUCUUCAAAAGAUCUAGAAGAUCUACCUGUUCACUUAAAGAGAGCUUGUAUAGUACAUAAAGGAGCUCUCACUCACUUAUACGAAUAUAUUCCCCGAAUGAGGAACUCACAAGAAGUGUCUGAGGAUGUUGCCAACUUUGGAUCUUAUAAGAAUAGAUACACUAUGCUGGUUUCUCUUAGUGGUCAUCUGUUUGACAAGUUUCUGAUCAAUGAAGCCUUGGAUAUAAUCGAAGCUGCUGGUGGCUCUUUUCACCUGGUCAAAUGUCAGGUUGGUCAAUGCACAGACUCUACAUCUUACUCAGAACUCGAAGUUGGUGCAGAUGAUAGUGUUGUUCUUGAUAAAAUAGUUGAUACUUUGACUUCUAUAGCAAAACCUAAAGAAGGUCAUGGAAUUCCCAAUGGAAAAGCAAACAUGUUUGCACUGAAAGUUGGUGAAGUGAAGGAUAGUUUUGUCAAAUUAGGAUAUGGUUCAAAAAAGAACACGGUUCUUGUGUUAGGUGCAGGGCGUGUUUGUCAACCUGCUGUUGAACUCUUGGCAUCAAUUGGAAGUGAUUCGUCUCCAGAAUGGUUAAAAUCAUGUAGAAUAGGUGAAUUUGGAGAGCAGAAUAGUAUUCAAGUUAUUGUUGCAUCACUUUUUCUUAAGGAUGCAGAGGAGAUAACUGAAGGUAUACCCUAUGCAAUUGCAUGCCAGCUGGAUGUGAUGGAUCAUGAUAGUCUCUAUAAGUACAUCAUGCAGGUUGAUAUUGUUAUCAGUCUAUUGCCUCCAAGUUUUCAUUCUACCAUAGCUAAUGUCUGCAUUGAGCUUAAAAAACAUCUUGUGACUGCUAGCUACAUUAAUGAUUCAAUUUACAAGCUACAUGAAGCAGCCAAAGAUUGUGGCAUUACAAUUCUUGGUGAAAUGGGGUUGGAUCCUGGAAUAGAUCAUAUGAUGGCAAUGAAGAUGAUCGAUGAAGCACAUGCUCAAGGAGGGAAAAUCAGGUCUUUUGUUUCCAAUUGUGGAGGUAUUCCAUCCCCUGCUGCAGCAAAUAAUCCAUUAGCUUACAAGUUCAGCUGGAAUCCAGCUGGAGCUAUACGAGCUGGACGCAAUCCUGCCACCUACAAAAAAGAUGGAGGAAUUGUACAUGUCGAUGGGGAUGAUCUAUAUGAUUCAGCUACAAAAUUUCGUAUGCAUGAUUUUCCAGCUUUUGCACUUGAGGUCCUACCUAAUCGCAACUCCUUAACUUAUGGAGAUUUAUAUGGAAUACAAAAUGAAGCAUUGACCAUUUUUCGUGGCACUCUUCGUUAUGAAGGGUUUGGUGAAAUAAUGGGUACACUUGCAAGAAUUGGUUUCUUUGAAAGUGAAGUUAGUUUGAUUCUUACAAAUGAAAAUAAAGAUAGAGCUACGUAUAGAACAUUUCUAUUUGAACUUUUGAAGAUCGAAAGCAGGAGUUUUGAUGAAUCUGUGAAGCCAGAUAAGCUUAUUACAGAAAAGAUAAUAGAACUUGGAUUCUGCAAAGAGAAUGGAACAGCAUUCAGGACAGCUAAAGCAAUUAUGUUUUUGGGAUUUUAUGAGGAAACAGAGGUACCUUCAUCUUGCCAAAGUGCAUUUGAUGUGACAUGCCUUCGGAUGGAAGAAAGAUUAGCCUAUAACACCACAGAACAGGACAUGGUUCUUUUGUAUCAUGAACUAGUGCUGGAAUUCCCAAAUGGUCGCCCUACAGAAAAACAUGAGGCAACCUUAUUGGAAUUUGGGAGGACUCAGAAUGGGAAAACAAUAAGUGGCAUGGCCUUAACAGUUGGGAUUCCUGUAGCAAUUGGUGCUUUGCUUUUACUUGCGGGAAAAAUUACAAGUACGGGUGUCUUAAGACCUAUUGAUGCGGAAGUUUAUGAGCCAGCACUCGAAAUGUUGCAUGCUUAUGGAUUCAAUAUAAUGGAGAAAAUUGAUUAA